AAUUGUUUUCGAACCUCGUUCACUGUUAAAAAGCCCAUCGCAAGUUCAAGCUGCAUCGUGCUGUCUAUCGCAUCAUCAUCACCCAUACAUUGCUGGUCGCGCAAUAGCUUAACACUUUAGCUAACAGAAGCGCAUUACAGACUACAUCAACACCACAAAUCCCUUUCUUCUAAAUUCAUCCCUCAGAACACAAUCAAAAUGCCUAAGGCUGCUGCUCCCGCCAAGCGUGCGACCAGAACUAAGCGGGCCAAGAAGGACCCCAACGCUCCCAAGCGCGGCCUGUCUGCCUAUAUGUUCUUUGCCAACGAACAGCGUGAGAACGUCCGUGAGGAGAACCCUGGUAUCUCUUUCGGUCAAGUCGGCAAGCUCCUCGGUGAGCGAUGGAAGGCCCUCAACGAGAAGCAACGUGCUCCCUACGAGGCUAAGGCUGCCGCUGAUAAGAAGCGGUAUGAGGACGAGAAGCAGGCCUACAAUGCCGAUCAGGAAGAAGAGGAGUCUUCUUAGAAUGGAGCCUCCGAUGUCAAACCCAAGCGUCGCUCGCAGAAGAAGUCUGAAUCGGAUUAGUCCCAGCACCAGCGCCGUGUUGUAGAUUCUGGCCAGGAAGUCCUUCCUCUUUGCAUUUUGGUCUGGGCGGUGUUGUAUGAUGGCACAGGAAGAGUGCCUUGUUUUUUACUAGGAAUUUUCUCGGGUUAAGGCCGUCCCCGAUGUUAUGAUCUUGAGGGCGAUCGAUUGAGCUACUGGCUUCUAUUUCAGUGUCCUUGGCCAUGAGAAACAGAUCGUGAACUCGAGGAUCAUGGGACGAGGAAACGCAAUGCUUGUACAAUUAAGGGAACUCCGACCCAAAUAAUCGAAACUACGAAAACAUAAACGUCA